GGAAGUUACAAGAGCAGAGAAGACUGGGGGCCAGCGAGAUGCAGCCAUCAGCUCCCUCCUACAUCCCGGCUUCACUGCAUCUGCUCCUAGCCGCCCUCGCUUGAUGUCCGGCCCCUUCCACGGCGCAAGGAGGACGGCCAGCCCGCUGAGAGGAAGACAGAAAUAGAGAGGGUGGAGGAGCUGUGGGUUUUGGAAGAAACAAUCGUUGCCUGAAGCAAAUUGCCGAGCCGAGCGUGUACUCGGAUGUCCCCUUAUUGCUCUAUGAUUCUCCGCAAAGCCACUGCUUUGGACCUGGCUCCCCGCGGCAGACAAAGUGGGAAUUAGCAAACAGCUAGCCACAUAAAAGAUGGAGCUUGAGAGACUGAACUUGCAGAGGGCUCCAGAAGCACAAGAGGAAGAGGAGAAAUACGAGGAUAGAAGCCACAGUGCUUGUAUCAAUUGCAAGAACAUUCACAAUGUUGUUUCUAAAUGGAUGCUUCCAGAAGGUGCCAGAGCAAUCUACCUUGAAAGAGCCAGCUGCAUCCCACCACCGCUCUUCAUCCUUGCCAUCAGUGUUGCUGAGCUGGCUAUAUUCAUUUAUUAUGCUGUUUGGAAGCCGCAGAAACAGUGGAUCACCCUAGACACCGGCAUCUGGGAGAGUCCUUUUAUUUACAGAUCUGACAAAAGGAAGGAAGCCUGGAGAUUUGUGUCCUACAUGCUUGUACAUGCUGGCAUUGAACAUAUUUUGGGCAAUCUUCUCCUGCAGCUUCUUUUGGGAAUCCCCCUAGAACUCGUUCACAAAGGGCAUAGAGUUGGACUGGUUUAUAUUGCAGGAGUGAUUGGAGGUUCCCUGGCAAGCUCAAUCUUUGACCCUCUUCAAGGCCUAGUGGGAGCUUCAGGAGGUGUCUAUGCUCUGAUUGGAGGAUACUUUAUGAAUAUUCUUGUGAACUUCCGUGAAAUGAUUCCAUUAUUUGGAGUUGCCAGGUUGCUAUUCAUCUUCUCAAUAGUUGGAACAGAUGUGGGAUUUGCUUUGUACAGAAGAUUUUUCUCCCCUGUACAUGGGCUUCAGGUUUCCUUUGUGGCCCACAUUGCAGGCGGUCUUGCUGGGAUGUCAGUAGGUUAUGUAAUAUUCAGCUGUUUUGAUAAGAAUUUCAUUAAAGAUCCUAGAUUUUGGGUCUGCAUUACUGCUUAUUUAAGCUUUGUGGGGUUUGCUGUAUUUUUCAAUGUGUUUUUUUCACCAGCAAACCAGUAGAACUCAUUACCUUACAAUCAAUAUACAGAGACAUCAAAGAAUGAUGCAAAUAGUAAAAUAAUUGCAUGUAAUGUUUGGUUUUAAUACUUUUAGAACAUUAUAACCUUUGCUCUAGUUCUAAAAUUAAAUGUUGCAUUGUUGUUAUAUGCUGACUUAUGGCAACUCCAUGAAUGUUACAUUAGAAUGCUGCAAAUAUAUUAUUUUAGUAUUAAACACCAGAGCAUUUUAAUUGUUGUAUGUUGGAAAGUAUUUACAGUACCAUGUUAUAGUCUGUUAUUUCAGGAGCUAAGUUAAUUAAUAGAGAUGCCCUUGUGUGUAUAUGACCAUUUUUUCCUCCUUCCAGUCAGAUCAGUGAGAUUACUCUUACCUGAAAGUUAGAGAAAGCCUGACUAAUACUCAGAUGACUAGUGAAUUACAAAUGGGAAACAAUCCCCAGGUCAGCAGGAAGGGCUGUAUCCAAAGACACCCAGCUGUGGCAGAAAUAUGCAGAGUUAAGGAGGUGUUGGUCAACCUUUUGGAGCAAGAAGGCAAUUUAACAUCUUUAAAGGUGGGAGGUUCCUUAUUUUUAGCAGCUGGAGAGAAUUGGUGCAUCUGCUAAAUUGCUCCCUCUGUGCAACUCUUAAUAUUUAACAUGAGCUUUGAUGGAGAAAAUUUUAAAGGACUAUCUCUGACUGCAUCAACUGAUCCACAGAGAGAGUUGACUCUUCUGCUCUUGAUAUGGUUGUUGUUCUCCCUCCCAGUUUCAAG